GGCCCCUCCUAUCCUCUCCAGGUCCUGUGUGCGCUCGAUUUUAGGUGCAUCUGUCCGCUUCCCUUAAUCUGAAAUAUCAAUGCUCGGUGCGGCAUAUAACAGCAGGCUACUUGGUCGCGUCACGUGAUGUAUUUUCAGUAGCGCAUGUAAUUGGAAUGUUUCGAUGUCAAUGGGACGGAGACAGAACUUUCAUUGCUAUCGAUACAAACAUAGAACUGAUCUGGUUGGUCUGAAGCGCACAAUGUAUGGCUCAUCGUGUCUUUAUUGUGGCGUCGCGGACAAUCUGUCGCUCGAUUGCAAAAAUCAUUUAUUUAUGCUCUAUAUCACAAACUUCCUUUUACAUGAAAUGUGCUCCAACUUCUUAUGCCUGAAAGCACAGCGUUCCGGUUUUUAAAAGACUUCGUUCGCAUAGUCACAAAGACUAUGAAUUAAAAUAAUGAAUUAAGCUUGUGUGUUUUUUUUUUGGUUGUUUUCUGUUUCUUUUAAUGAAGUGUAUACCUUUCCAUUCAACUUUCAAGAUGCUUUGAAUACUUGUGUGGGAGAUACCUUCUAAAGUGUCGUCUACCAUCAACGUACUAUUCAUAAGUAUGGGUAGGUAUUUAAAAAACAAAACAAAAAACGAAUAUUCAUAAGCUACACACGUUUCCAUCAUAGUCUCCACCCACUCUUGCAUCAGCUGACUGAUCUGUAUUCAAAUAGAUAAAUAAAACGUAGAACGAAUGCGUGCUGACUUGAAAUUUUUGGCUCGACCGUUUUCUGUUGCUUUUGGUGUGGUGUUAAAGAGGACGUAACCACGGGACUGAGCAUAUUAUGAAGUAACUAUGACGUUGUAACAUAUUGGCUAUGUCUUCGAAGGAUGAAAUGCAAGAGCACAAUGACACAGGGUCGGGUUGGUGGUGGUGGCCAUCUUGGAGGCCAACGUCGACGUCACUCCUGAAGACUACAGAGGCCAGGAUCCUGGCAUGUGUAAAGAAUGACGUGUGGGCCCGCUUUGUGACCCUCCCCACCCAGGACAAGAUCUGGACCGUCACGGUGACCAGCAGGCGCUCCCGAAAACCGGAUGGGACUGACCUUCCGACUCCCCUGGUGAUGGUGCAUGGGUUUGGGGGAGGGGUGGCGCUGUGGGUGCGGAACCUGGACGCCCUGUGCCUGUCCCGGCCCGUCCUGACCUUCGACCUGCUGGGAUUCGGCCGCAGCUCCCGGCCCCACUUCCCCUCUGACCCCGCCCUGGCUGAGGACCAAUGGGUGCGCUCCAUUGAGCAGUGGCGGCAGGCCGUGGGUGUGGAGCGGAUGAUCCUAUUGGGCCACAGCCUCGGAGGUUACCUGGCAACGUCUUAUGCCAUACAGUACCCCGAGAGGGUAAGCCACCUAAUCCUGGUGGACCCCUGGGGUUUCCCAGAGCAACCUCAGGCAGGGGGUGAGGGGUCGGAAGGUCAGAGGUCAGAGGUGGUGAAGAGACCGCCCCUUUCUGCCUGGGUGAAAGCUGUGACGUCUGUUCUCAGCUUCUUCAACCCGCUAGCAGCUGUCCGAGUCGCCGGCCCCUGGGUGAAUUCCCAGAUAACACAUUCUGAGUGCUCACUGCCCUUUCCGAUAGGGCCUGGCCUGGUGAACAGAUUCCGUCUGGACUUCCGGAGUAAGUUUGAGGACCUGUUUGAGGAUGACACCGUGACUCGCUACAUCUACCACUGUAAUGCCCAGAGCCCCAGCGGGGAGGUGGCUUUCCGGGCCAUGUCGGAGGCUCUGACCUGGGCAAAGCGGCCGAUGCUGGGGAGGGUGGGGCAGCUGCCCCCCCGCCUGCCGCUCAGUCUGCUGUACGGGGGGCGGUCCUGGAUCGACAGCUCCACCGGGAAACGGGUGGAGCUGCUCCGCCCCCAGGGCCACACCCACAUCCAGGUUAUAGAUGAUGCCAGUCACAAUGUCUAUGCUGACCAGCCAGAUGUGUUCAACAGAGCGGUGAAGAACAUUUGUGACACUGUGGACUGAGUGUGUGUGUGUGUGUGUGUGUGUGUGCACGUGUGUGUGUCUUACUGGAUUGCGUACGUUUCUGGGUGCGUGUGAGAGGUGCAGGAAGUUAUGUAUGUGAAAAAGAAAGCACUUCCUCUUUCAGUUCUAUGGUUGUUAGGAGAUAACUAAACCCUCAUCUAGUCAUUACAUUACAUGACAUUACAGGCAUUUGGCAGACGCUCUUAUCCAGAGCGACAUACAACAAAGUGUAUAACCAUAACCAGGAACAAGUAUGACGAAACCCCUAGAGAGAAGUACCGGUCCAAGUGCAGGGAACAACCGCAUAGUUCAACUUGGACCCUGAAUGUUAAACUGAUUAACACUAACACAACGAGAACGGCAACAACGCAAUCUAUGGAAAAAAUACAAGCAGUAGUUAAGACAGUUAAUGCACCUAAGUCACCUACGAAACAGCUGCCUAGUUACAACCCUAAGCUUACAGUCAUUUACAGGGGGGUAGGGAGGGAUGGGGAGAGGUGCAGCCUGAAGAGGUGAGUCUUCAGUCGUCGUUUGAAAUGGGUCAGUGUCUCAGCUGUUCUGACCUCCACGGGGAGGUCAUUCCACCAUCGUGGGGCCAGAACAGACAGGAGACGUGUUCUGGAAACUAGUCCUAACCUAGUCCAGCAGUAGUCAAAUCUAACUCAAUGUGCAAAUAGUGCAUAGCAGCCUUUGCUUUAUUCAAGUCAUUGUUCAUUCAACCAACAAUAAGCUGGCAAGAGAAAGCCUUCUGCAUAUUGGGUUAUUUUUGGUCAAACAAAUGAUGACAAAGUAAAAAUUGUGUGUUAUGAAUCACACGAGGCUAGAUUUAUCUACUGUUAGGGCUUGGUGAGAGCUAGUGUUAUGAUGUGAAAAACCUUCAAGAGGCCAUACUAAAUGGUAUUUUGCAUUUUAAAGCCCAUUUACUACAAACUAUUUCCUGCAAACAAUCACAUCGGGAUGAAGAAGUCAUGGGUGCUUGAAUUUUAUUUGUCUUUUCCCUGUGGGCCAAUUUCUGGCGGGAAAAACGUUGUGUCGUGGUGGUGUCUUGAGGAGAUGUGUUGUGACUGACAGACAGUUAGCAUAGGCCAACGUAAUUACGGAGAAUGCCGUCGAUUGGUUAAAAGUUUCAUCCUGUAUUUACAUUUUCAUCUUUUUUUUUUGCCUUGCUCAUCCAAUCACAGAGUACUUCCACGUGAGGACUGAUGGUGUUCCCAGGCAACGCAAUUCCUGACUGAAAAAAAAACAACAAAAAAAAAGAAAACAAAAAAUAACUCCGCUAGUCGGAAGUUAGCCAGGCUAAUUAUCAUAGCAACCUACUUAUAAAAAUGCUUUAUUACACAAUGAUAAUGUAACUGUGACCUACUUAUAAAAAUGCUUUAUUACACAAUGAUAAUGUAACUGUGACAAAAAAAAAUUAUUUGAGUGUUAUUUUCACGAUGACGGAUUGCCUAUCACAAGCAGCUUUCAAGGGUCUGCAAGUUGAUUUGCAUACUGUACGGAAAUGAAUGGAAACCUGUGGCUGCCUGUUGGGGUAGGAAAAACAAAUACAAAAUUCUGGAAAGCUGUUGUAUGAUUUGUAUUUGGUUUGCCGCGCUGUGACCGACACAAACUUUGUAGUAAAUGGGCUUUGAACUAAAUACAAAAUACUGGUACGGUUCUUUAAGCUUAAAAUAAAAACUUAAAAUUUCACUAGAAUUGCAAAGUUCGCUUCUCCCACUAGAGGGCAGUGCAGAUAGGCCAGAAUCCCAGGUGAACAGGGGAAGUUGGCAUUUCUUAAGGAGAACAGAUAGACAGCACUCUUGAUAGCCAGUAACAAGUGUACCAAGAAGUGCCGGAAACCACUUUUUGGCCUGUUGUUAGCAUAGUGAACUAUCCUGAUGUACCUAAUGUGUAGCCUGUUCCGUUUUACAUUAUGACGUGCCCUGCAUUGCACCUACACCUUCCGAUGAAGACAAUGUAUGUGGCCCACUUUGCAAGACAUCCAAGCUUUUUGUAUACAACUAAUGACUCUGUGUGUGCAUCAGUAAAAAUUUUAAUUAUUUUUUAAA